AUGGCGGCGCGGGUGGCGGCGUGCGCGCUGCUGCUGGCGGGCCUGCGGGGGGCGGCGGCGGCGGCGGGGGCGGCGGCGGCGGGGGCGGGGGGCGGCGUGCGCUUCGGCGCGCUGUUCGCCGUGCACGCCGCACCGGCCGACGCGCGCGCCGGGGCCCGCUGUGGACCCGUACGGGAACAUUACGGGAUACAGCGCGUGGAGGCGACGCUGCAGGCGCUGGACGCGCUGUGCGGCAACGGCGGCAUGCUGGUCCGCGCGGGGCUGCGGCUGCGCGCCGAGCUGCGGGACUCGUGCUGGGCGCCGCCCACGGCGCUGCGGCAGACCAUCGAGCUGGUGCGCGACGCCAUCGCGCCGCCGCCGCCGCCCGCCGCGGCGCAGCACCAGCCCGCUACUGCCGCCUCCACCUGCCGAUCUGCGGGGGGCGGGGCGCGGGGCGCGGCCGCGGAGCCGCUGCUGGCCGUGCUGGGGCCCGGCGCCAGCGCCGCCGCCGUGCAGGUGCAGAACUUGCUACAGCUCUUCUCCAUUCCACAAGUGUCGUACUCGGCGACGUCGCGCGAGCUGUCGGACCGCGCGCGGUUCUCGACAUUCUUCCGCGUGGUGCCCUCCGACCGGCACCAGGCGCGCCUGCUGGUGGCGCUGCUGCGCGCGCACAACUGGACCUACGUGCACGCCGUGCACACGGACGAGAGCUACGGGCAGAGCGGCAUGGCGGCGUUCCGCGAGGAGGCGGCGCGCGGCGGCGUGUGUGUGGCACGCGAGGAGGGGCUGCGCGCGGCGCCGGGCGCGCGCGAGGUGGACGCGGCGCUGGCGCGGCUGGCGGGCGCGGCGCCGGCGCGGCUGGCGGGCGCGGCGCCGGCGCCCACCGUGUGCGUGUGCUGGUGCGAGGGCCGCACGGCGCGCGCGCUGCUGGCGGGGCUGGCGCGCGCCGGCCUGCGGCUGCGGCUCGUGGCCAGCGACGGCUGGGCCGACCGCCGCGACGUGGUGGCCGGCCUCGAGCGGCCCGCCGCCGGCGCACUCACGCUGCGCAUCCGCUCGCCCUACCUGCGGCACUUCGACACCCACUACCACGCGCUGCAUCCGCACAACAACACGAGGAACCCUUGGUUUCGGGAAUUCUGGGAGCAGAAGUUCAACUGCUCCCUGGAGGACCAGCCGGCGGUGGGCGUGCGCCAGUGUACAGGUUCCGAGUCGCUGGCGACGGGCUACACGCAGGAGCCGAAGCUGGCGCUGGUGGUGCGCGGCGUGUACGCGCUGGCGCACGCGCUGCGC